AUGGAGAAGUAUUAUGUUGUGAGAAGGGGCCACAAUCCAGGAAUCUAUUCUAAUUACCAAGCCUGUCAAAACCAGCUCAGGGGCUACUCUAAUAACGAAUUCAGGAGGUUUUAUGACUACCAAAAAGCCUAUGAUUACUACAGUUCCAAGAUAUAUGUGGACGACUAUACCAGAGCUGUCUUUGAUACUGGCAAAGUGAAGUCAAUUAACCAAGACGAUCUUUUAGCAGCAUAUGGCUGUUUUUUCGGUGAAUAUGAUUCUAGUAAUGAGCCAGGAAUAGUUCGUGGAGCACAAUAUUCGUUAAAUUGUUUAAAUAAAUGGAAAUGGUUUAAAAAUGGAUGGCGAACAUCUAAUGGCCGGAAUGUGAAAAACCAGGAUAUUAUCCAAAGAUGUUUAUAUUUAAUUGAUUCGAUCAAUGAUUUUUACGACGAUCGAGGCUGGUACGAUAUUGAAAUUUCUUACAACGACGAAUCCAGAAAUGUCUUUGAAUAUGCUGAAAAUGAAGCAUUAUCAUCUGCUGGCAACGCACUCGAUGAAGAAUUGGAGAAUUAUUUAUAUUCUUGA